GGCUUAAUAAACAUGGCGGAUCUUGAGGAGGAACAGGAUUCUAAAGGUCCUGAAAAGGCAGAGCAGGAUUGGUAUAUAGAUAUAGGAGAGGGCCAGGAGCAAGCCAGUGGUACUAAUGUAAUUCCUCCUUUAGAGACUAACAUCAGUCCUGAAUCAACUAAUGAGAGUAGAGGAGGAGGAGGAGGUGAUGGGUUGUUGACUGAUGAUUUAAGAUCACAGCUGAGUAAAGAAAUGGCUGGACAUUUGUGGCAGGCUGGUAAGCAGUCAACCCAGAGGUUCAUCAAUACCUAUGCUCAUAUUGAUGUACUGAGAUCGUACUUUGAUGUGGAGCCUUCUCAGUUUAGAGAUAGGUAG